AUGGUGUUCUGCAACACCUCGACGUUGGCGGCGAUCACGUUGAUGAUCCACUGUCGACAGAGCCCGUAUGUCUGCGAGUUGCGACUUCCUCUUCUGAUGGAAUACUCUGCUUACUUCAAGAAGACCGUGAUUUUGCUGGGCCAGGAGUCUCGUUGGUUACCAGGCGCCGUCUUCUGUCCUCAGGCGGCUGGAGAUCCCUACUCGUGCAUCGCAGAAGAGAUUGCACGGUCCAACAAGUCGGAGGGAAUCCUUUAUAUGCACUUUGACAUGAGCCUGUCUCCAUGUGAGAUGGCUCAGCGCUUGGAGCUGGAGAAGGUGGGCGCUUUUGACUCCUUGUCCGACAAGUACAUCAGCUUCGCCGCACUGGACAAAUGCAACAAGGAUAUGAAGUCGAAUUGCCGGUGGAUUUGGUGGGAUGUCAAGAAGAAUGAGACCCGGAAUCGGAUCUUGAGAUCUGUCAAGGCCAUGAGACAGAUGGGAGGACUGGGAGAUCUGUCAAUCCUCAAGAAGUUGGACAGGGGCAUUUGGCGCGGCAUGUCAGAUCUCUUGUACGUGCCCAAGAAGGUCUUUCCCAUCUAUGUCGCCUUCGCCAAGGCCUUCCAAAAGGCGGACGUCUUUCACGAGAUGGCCUCGCCCACGUUGUUGGCGACCUCUGCGGCCGUCGCCCAUGUGGGGAGCCAAAACUUUGGUUGUCGGGGCUCCUGUUGCUCAUCGGUGGGACGCCAAGAGAUCUUGUCCAAAGGUUUCGUGUGUGGGCACAAGGUGGACUAUCGCGAUGUUGGUGUACUGAAGGCGGUACAGCUCAUAGCAACACAGGAACCUCGACCCUUGCAUACAGUGGAUUCCCUCGGGCCAAGGGUCUUUGAGCCCCCCUGCGACAUGGCCGCCUUACAAGAGGUGACUCUGAUCAUCCAUUGCACUCAGCAGCAGCUCUGCUACAAGAGGCGUUCAAUGCUACAGGAAUUUGUCUUCUACUUCAAGCGCGUGAUCUUUCUGAUGCGCUCGAAGAUGUGGACGUUGAGCCACACGUGUUCCGGGGAAGCUUACGCCUGCGUGGCGGAGGAGAUGAAGCACAUCCGGAUGAACGACGACACGAGGAGCGAGAGGGUGGAUCCGGUCCCAGGGAUUCUGUACAUGAACUUUGACGUGGGGAUCUCUCCUUGUGAGAUGGCAAGGCACUUGAAUGUGACUAAGAUUGGCACCUUUCAGGAGCUAGCCAAGAAGUACAUGACAUUCGAAGAGUUGGAUCAAUGCUCUUUGAAUCGAUCGAGGUGUAUGUGGGAUGCUUGGCAGGUGAACCACAGCAAAGCGCAGAUCCUCAAUGCCUCGGGACGGUUGGAAACACUCCUUGACAGUGCGUUCGGCUCAAAAACCUCGCUGACUCAGACGACCGUGGCGCUACUCCAGCGGAGCUUGAGAGAGGGCACCUGGAUGGGCUUUAGUGGGCUGUAUUACCUUCCGAAGCAGGUGUAUCCCGUAUUUCAAGGUUUGGCUGCCGCCUUUAAGGAGGAGAAUGUGUCCAAUGAGAUAGCAUCUCCCAGCUUGUUGGCUUUGACAUCCAUCAUCUCCCAGGUGGAACUUCAAAACUUCAACUGCAAGAAUGACCCUGCUCAUCUUGGUGAACGAGAGAUUCUCUCCAAAGGCUUCCGAUGUGGGCGGGGCUUGGAACGCGAUGCAAGGAUGAAGGGCUCCAUGAAAGGCUUGGAGGAUUUGCUGGCUCAUCCUGCGAAGUAUUCGAUGCCCAAGAAGAAGCCCUCCAUGGCUUUCUGCAACACUUCCAGCUUGGCAGAGGUCACCUUGGUCAUCCACUGCCGGCAGGAGCCGCCGAUCUGCCGCUUGCGGCUUCCUCUCCUCUUAGAAUACUCUGCUUACUUCAAGAAGACUGUGAUCUUCUUGACCAAAGAUCCUGGCUGGUUGCCGGGUGCCGUGCCUUGCCAUCGUGUUGGAGAUCCCUACUGGUGCAUCGCAGAAGAGAUUCCUCGGUCCAAAGAUUCCAGCGGAAUCCUCUACAUGCAGUUUGAUGUGGGUAUGUCUCCUUGUGAGAUGGCUCGACGUUUGGAUGUGGGCGCGGUGGGCACCUUCGAAACCUUGUCCGACAAGUACUCCACUUUCGCCCAGUUGGAUGAGUGCAACACCAACUUAAAGCUGCGGUGUUUGUGGCAUCAUUGGGACAUGAAGCGGAACUCCACCAGGACAAGGUUGUUGAAAACUGCCAAGGCAUUGGAUGAAAUCAGUUCGACACUUCCAUUCGCCAACACUUCCAUUCUUCAGCGGUUGGAGACUGGGAUUUGGAGCGCGGUGUCGGACUUCUUGUACUUGCCCAAGCAAGCCUUUCCCGUUUAUGCAGCCUUUGCCAAAGCCUUCAAAGAGAACAAGAUUUUUCACGAGAUGGCCUCGCCGACCCUGCUGAUGACCUCCGCCCGCAUCUCCAACGUCCCGAUGCAGAACUUCCGCUGCCGCGGCUCAUGUUGCCGACACGUGCAGCAGGAGGAGAUCUUGUCCAAAGGUUUCAUUUGUGGACACAAGGUGAGACUUCAAGAUGACUGUCACCGAAAUGCGUUACAGCUCCUGGCCACGCAGGAGCCUCGAAAUCUCCGCACUGUCAAUGCCAAUGCGCCGCCCGUUUUUGCUCCACCGUGUGAAAUGGCUGGGCUGGACAAUGUGACACUGAUCAUCCACUGCAGUGAGCAAGAACUCUGCUAUGCCAGGCGUUUGUUGCUACAGGAUUACUUCUUGUACUUCAGACAUGUGAUCUUUCUCACUCCUAAAGGCCUUCCAUGGAGUCUGGCACGCACUUGUGCUGGUGAAGCCUACCAAUGUGUGGUGGACGAGCUCGAAUCGAGCUCUUCCGUGAACUCAAGGGGAAUCCUCUUCUUGAACUUUGAGGUUGCCAUGUCUCCUUGCGAGAUGGCAAGACACUUGGAAGUGGACAAAGUCGGCACCUCUGAAGAACUGCGGAAUACCACUUUUGCCAAGUUGGAUGAAUGGAAUAGCAAGAAGCUGACACGGCAACAGCGGUACUGGGAUGCUCAAAACAAGACCAGGACACAGAUCAUGAAUGCCGUUAGAAGUCUUGACAUGGGCCUGGAGGGCUGGGCUGUGCAAAGCCUGAGGAAUGGCUCCAUUUUUCGUCUCUUCAGCGGCUUCUUCUACCUUCCGCAAAAGGCCUUCCCCAUCUUCAAAGCUGCGGCACCGAUCUUGAACGAAUGGAAUCUGACCCAUGCGAUUGCCGUGCCCUUGCUGCUGGCCUUGUCGGCCGGCCAGGGGGAGCUUCAAAAUCUGGGCUGUGCCAAGCCAAUCAAAAAGAAGAAGGAGGGUGAGUACGAUCUGCACGCCAAAGGCUUUGUUUGUGGGCGUGGCAUUGAACAUGACGUGCCUGCGAUGAACGGUUUGGAGGAGCUGCUUUGUGCACCCAAGAAAUACCUGGCGCCGGAGCUCCUGACACAGCGCGAGCUGCCUGUGUUAGACCCCGGGCUGCGGACCCGGAGCUCGUGGAAUCUGGAGGACCUGGCGAGGAAGCCGAAGCCUGCUAUUGCCUUGCUUUUGGAUGGCGACGGUCUAUCUGGUGAGAGAGCCCAGAUCCAGAAGAGAGUGGUCCCCCGCGACAAGGCUGUGAACAUCUUUGUGCACCAGUGGGGGGGCAGUGGCUUUGUGGCCAGGGCGGCAGGCCUGGGCCUGGGCCGUUCCGAGUGGUGCGGUCCCGGUGAGACGGGCGCCACCCGAAAGAUCAUUUCUGGAUCAGUCCAAGAGCGCCAAGAGCGGCCGACCGAUCGCUUCAUUACAGCUCGAGUGGUCCAUGACCUUAACUCCACAGAGUUCGGUUUGCUGCUCACCUUGGAACUGGCCAACGCGCCGAGUUCGCCUGCGGAGCAGUCCGCGGAGCAGAGCAAGUUCACUUUGGUGUCACCGGAUCAGCUCGCAGAGCUUCUGGAGACGUCCAUCGAAAUCACCCUCAGAUUGGAGGAAGAUGAGCAAAUCUUAUGUUUUCGUUUUGAUGAGGUGAAGCACAACAGUGGUUUCAGCAUUUAUUACCAUCCGCAAGUGGCCAUCUCACGUGACGUCGAGGGACAACUCUCUCUGAGACUUGAGCGUCUCUCAGGGCACCUGGAGUGGCCUGAACCUCUCCUCCGCGGACAAGUGCUACAAGUGCCUGACACGUCCAGCGCGGUGCCAUUGUGGACGUCAGAUGUGGCGUCCGCUGAAGAGGCCAUCGCCACGCUCCGGACGAUGAAGGGACUGAAACGGGAUCACUUGCUCGGGGCUAAGAGGCUGUCUUCAACAUGGAGUGUGCGGAACCUGACUGGACAAUCGACCAUGUUUUGGAUUGACCUCCUAUGUCUCGAUUGCGCCGCGUGGUAUGUCGAUGUUCUGCUCGACAUCAAGCAGCUGAUGUUAUUCGUGAAAACGGGAAUGGUGGAUUACAUGGCUUUCAACCUCACAGGCAUGAUGUUGCCUGUCAUUCUGAGUCUGCAAGACAUUUGGGCAUUCCAUGCCCAUGAGUCUCCCGAUUUGGAUGCUUUGCAAGCUGUUGGCCUUGCUGUAGGCGUUCCUUUGCGGUGGUUGCAGGCUUCCACCAUGUGCGCAGUCCUUCUACAACUGCAGAUGCUGUGGCUAACGAUUUGGUCUGCCAAGCACCGCUUGAAACACCCAUUGCUUGGAGCUACCAAAUUUGCUGAGGUCGCAGAAUCAGCCACUUCUGCUUUGGUGCAAUGCAACUUUCUGAUCUGCACCAUGGUCGGAGUUAAGGACUUUGCAGCUUUGCAACUCGAUGCAAAAGACCUCACAUGGUUGUGCGCUUCCAUCACUAUGUCUUGCUGUAUGCUUGGACUUGGCUUCGCGUCGCGCGACACAAGCACAUCACGGGUGCUCGGGGUACCUGGCAAACUGAAAAAGGAUCAGGAGCCUCUUCUGGUACUUGCGAUCGUGAUGCUGAGGUCAGCCGAAGUCAUCUGCCAGGUGUUUGCUAUCAAUUUCUUUCAUGUUUCGGCGAGAUGGCAGGGAUUUGCACUAGGAGGCCCCAUUCUGACCAUGGGGCUGGCCAUGAUGGCCAAAUGCCUUCUUCGGAAGGCGAGCGUGGCAGAUGUCCUGGCCGCGGUGAUUGCCCACCCAGGUCAGCUGCUGGAGCCGACAUCGUUGUUUCCACUCCAAAGUACCAUGAAGAUCAAGAUGUUGUCUGUGACAGCUGUCGUCGCAUCUCAAGCCUUUGCACGGUACGCUUCAGCCAGCGAGCAUGCCAAGGCCAUCCCCGACUGGCUCCUUGCAGCCUGGCUGGGAUUGUCCGCAGUGAGCUGGAUGGGUCUGGGGCUGGUUGCACGAUUGGGCGAGGAGGUGAAACAUACGAGUUUCCACCGCUUGGCAUCUUUGGAAGGUCGCGUCACGUAUUCUGCAGUCAAGACUGCUCUUGCUUGCACAGACGAGGUACCUUUGGCGGUUCUGAUGGCUCUCACGCAUGAUUGCAUUUUGAGCUUGGAUGGCGGCGCUGAGCAUUUGGUAAGCAGCGACGCUUGGGCCGCGUCCAAGCUGAAACUUGGAUCCACCUUCUUCAGCAAGAUUGGGAACCAUGGCACACGACAGGUCCUGAUCUCCCUGUCAAAUCAAAACCCAGAGGACCUAGAUUUGUCUUUUUGCCAUGAGAUCCCCACUGAUGCUUGGGAAGUGCUUGAGACUGCAAACUGGUCCAACUUGAAGAAGGCUUCUUUUGAACAGUGCUUCUAUGACAACACGAAGGGUGCUGAGGGAGCGAAGCAUCUUUUGAAGGCGUUGGCCCAGAGCGCCGCUCUGGAGGACCUUAAUCUGUCUUCGUGCCAUGAAAUCCCCAGUGAUGCUUGGGAAGUGCUUCAGACUGCAAACUGGUCCAACUUGAAGAAGGCAUUUUUUCAGCAGUGCUUCAAUGUCAACACGAAGGGUGCUGAGGGAGCGAAGCAUCUUCUGAAGACUUUGGCCCAGAGCACCAGUCUGGAGGACCUAGAUCUGUCUUAUUGCGACCAGAUCCCCAGUAAUGCUUGGGAAGAGCUUCCGAGUGCAAUCUGGUCCAACUUGAAGAAGGCUUCUUUUGAAAUGUCCUUCAAUGCCAACAAGAAGGGUGCUGAGGGAGCGAAGCACCUUUUGAAGGCGCUGGCCCAGAGCGCUGCUCUGGAGGACCUGAAUCUGUCUUAUUGCGACCAGAUCACGAGUAAUGCUUGGGAGGUGCUUCAGACUGCAAACUGGUCGAGCUUGAAGAAGGCAUUUUUUCAAGAGUGCUUCAAUGUCAAGACGAAGGGUGCUGAGGGAGCGAAGCAUCUUUUGAAGGCCUUGGCCCAGAGCGCCACUCUGGAGGAUCUAGAUCUGUCUCGUUGCGGUCAAAUCCGCCGUGAUUCUUGGCAAGUGCUUCAGACUUCAAACUGGUGGAACUUGAAGAAGGCUGAUUUCGCAUGGUGCUUCUAUGGCAACACGAAGGGUGCUGAGGGUGCGAAGCAUCUUUUGAAGGCUUUGGCCCAGUGCGCUGCCCUGGAGGACCUGAAUCUGUCUGGUUGCAAUCAGAUCCCGAGUGAUGCUUGGGAAGUGCUUCGAACUGCAAACUGGUCCAACUUGCAGAAGGCAUUUUUUCAGGAGUGCUUCAAUGUCAACACGGAGGGUGCUGAGGGAGCGAAGCAUCUUCUGAAGGCUUUGGCCCAGUGCGCUGCCCUGGAGGACCUAGAUUUGUCUUAUUGUGACCAGAUUCCCGGUGAUGCUUGGGAAGCGCUUCAGACUGCAAACUGGUCGAACUUGAAGAAGGCAUUUUUUGACAUGUGCUUCUAUGAAAGAACAAAGGGUGCUGAGGGAGCGAAGCAUCUUUUGAAGGCGUUGGCCCAGAGUGCUGCUCUAGAGGACCUGGGUUUGUCUUAUUGCGACCAGAUCCCCAGUGUUGCUUGGGAAGUGCUUCAGACUACAAACUGGUCCAAAUUGAAGAAGGCUUCUUUUGAACAGUGCUUCGAUGACAACACGAAGGGUGCCGAGGGUGCAAAGCAUCUUUUGAAGGCUUUGGCCCAGAGUGCCGCUCUGGAGGAGCUUGAUUUGACCGAUUGCUCCCAGAUCCCCAGCGAUGCUUGGGGAGUGCUUCAGACUCACCCUGGUCUUUGGCCCUGCCUCCGGAAGUCCUUUGGCAUCCCCGAACAGGUCACCUUUGGUCCGAGCUUUGCCCGAGGACUGACGGACUUUCAAAUCCUUCCCAGAAUCUUCCGCUCCGUUCGAAUUCCUCGCGCUUUCAGUGGCCAUGACCGUACUGUGCCCUUCGAAGCCUCUUCCUUGCUUGCAGCUUUGGCCCAGAGCGCCGCUCUGGAGGACCUAAAUUUGUCUGAUUGCAACCAGAUCCCCAGUGAUGCUUGGGAAGCGCUUCAGACUGCAAACUGGUCCAACUUGAAGAAAGCUUCUUUUGAACAGUGCUUCGAUGACAACACGAAGGGUGCUGAAGGUGCAAAGCAUCUUUUGAAGGCUUUGGCCCAGAGCGCCGCUCUGGAGGACCUAGAGUUGUCUUUUUGUGAUCAGAUCCCCACUGAUGCUUGGGAAAUCCUUCAGACUGCAAACUGGUCCAACUUGAGAAAGGUUUCUUUUGAAAUGUGCUUCUAUGAAAGAACAAAGGGUGCUGAGGGGGCGAAGCAUCUUAUAAAAGCUUUGGCCCAGAGUGCCGUUUUGGAGGACCUUAAUCUGUCUCGUUGCUCCGAGAUCCCCAGUGAUGCUUGGGAAGCGCUUCAGACUGCAAACUGGUCCAACUUGAAGAAGGCUUCUUUUGAACAGUGCUUCGAUGACAACACGAAGGGUGCUGAAGGUGCAAAGCAUCUUUUGAAGGCUUUGGCCCAGAGCGCCGCUCUGGAGGACCUAGAGUUGUCUUUUUGUGAUCAGAUCCCCACUGAUGCUUGGGAAAUCCUUCAGACUGCAAACUGGUCCAACUUGAGAAAGGCUUCUUUUGAACAGUGCUUCGAUGACAACACGAAGGGUGCCGAGGGUGCAAAGCAUCUUUUGAAGGCUUUGGCCCAGAGCGCUGCUCUGGAGGAGCUUGAUUUGACCGAUUGCUCCCAGAUCCCCAGCGAUGCUUGGGGAGCGCUUCAGACUCGCCCGGAAGUCCUUUGGCCCUGCCUCCGGAAGUCCUUUGGCGUCCCCGAACAGGUCGCCUUAGAACGAGGCAUUGAAUGA